AUGUCUAGUCCUAAUAAUGAAAUUCAUUUCAUACCAUUUCUUAAUCAAAAGUAUGAAGAUAUUCAACAUGAAUGCUUAGCAAGACAAAGUUUAUUUACCGAUACAAAAUUUUCUCAACAAGAAGUAUUUCCGAUUGGUAAUGAAACGAAGAAAAAUAUUAUUUGGCGACGCCCAUAUGAUGUAACUGAUGCACCGAAAUUUUUUAUUAAUACACCUCAUCGUCGUGAUCCAGGUCAAGGUGAAUUAUCAGAUUGUUGGUUUAUCGUAGCUGUUGCUAAUAUAACACUUCAUCAACAAAUAUUCGAGCGCGUUGUACCGUUGAAUCAAACAUUCGAUAGACAAAAUGGUUAUACAGGUUUAUUUCAUUUUCGUUUUUGGCAAUAUGGUUCAUGGUAUGAUGUUGUUAUCGAUGAUUAUUUACCAUUUAAUACGAAAACCAUUCAGCCAUGGUGCUCAUGGAAUCGUCAAGAACCCAAUGAAUUUUGGGUUGCACUCAUAGAGAAAGCUUAUGCAAAAUUAAAUGGUGGUUAUAGAAAUCUAAUAGGAGGUGCACCUAUAGAAGCAUUUACAGAUUUAACAGCUGGUGUAGAACAACGUUUUAAAUUAAAUGAAUCGAUUAAAGAGCGUAGUCAAUUUUUUAAUUUUCUUAUUGAUAGUUUAAAACAUUCAUGUCUUAUGGCGUGUUCAAUUAAUCCAAAAAUUGAUGGAUCUGAUUUCGAAGAAAUAAAACCCAAUGGCCUAGUUGUUGGUCAUUCAUAUUCCAUAACGGCUGCAAGAUAUCUUCAAUUCAAAAAUCAAUUAUUAUCCAUGAUACGUUUACGUAAUCCAUGGGCCAAUGAAAUUGAAUGGGCUGGUGCGUGGCAUGAUAGAGAUAACAGGUGGAAUUCUCUUGAUUUAAAUGAAAAAAAACGAAUGUCAUGGCAAGACUCCGAAGAUGGAGAAUUUUGGAUGACAUUUCAAGAUUUUUUUGUUGAAUUUGAUAUUCUUGAAAUUUGUCAUCUCUCGCCGGAUACAUUCAAAGAAGAACUUCAUCUUAAUACGAGUAUUCAUAAGAUAUCAUCGCCUACAACUCAUGAGCCACUAACAACAUCUGUAAUCAAAGAUCAUCGAACAUCAAUACGCAUGUCAGUACCAGCAUGUUUAGUCGCCGAUUGUCUGCCUGAUCAACGUAGAAUUUGGUCAUGUUUAUUAUUCGAAGGAGAAUGGGUUAGAAAUUUCUCGAGUGGUGGUCGUUGUAUCACAACAUGUGAACAUGGUUGUAAUUUUUGGAAAAAUCCACAAUAUGAAAUUGAAACAAGUGCAGAAAACGAAACAGUUAAAUGUGGUAUAAUUAUAUCAUUGAUGCAAAAAUAUAAUCGAUUAAAAUCCAUAGAUAAUCCUAUUGAUCGAUAUGAUUAUAUUCAAGCUCGAAUUUAUAAAAUAAAAGCCAAUGCAUCAACAUCAAUAUCAUCGCCUUCACGAUCGCAUGUUCGCCAUAUGAACACAAAAGCAUAUGGAAACGAUGAUUUAGAAUAUGUUGGUUAUACAGGUUCAUAUAUCAAUCGGCGAGAAGUUACUCUCUAUUUACGUGUAUCACCCGGCAAAUAUCUUGUUAUUCCGAGUAUCUAUGAGGUAGUUGUUAAAUUAUUUACAGUACAAAUCUUUUCUGCACACUUAUCUUUCAUCGAACAGCCAAAUCGAGAUGGCCAUUUCCUAUUACGAAUAUUCCUAGAAGCUAAUUAUUCAAAUAGGCGAUUAUCAAAUGCAUUUCCUUCACCAGAACCUGCCAAUGAACAAUUAACUCAAUCAACUAUUUCUACUCCAGAGACGGCAUCACCAAAAUUAGCUUCAAUUAAAAAUAAUUUCUUCAAUUGUCUAUGUCCAUACGAUUAUCAAGCAAUGUUCAGAACUAAACGUAAAGAACAUCAUCAUAUUAUUCAAACAUUAGGCCAAAUGCAAACAGAUGUUAAACGAUAUAAAGCUGUACAAAUGCUAAUGGAUCAAAUAUUUCAAGUAUUAAAUUCAAGUAGGCUGGCUUUAACAAGUGCUGGAUUUGUUCCAUCGGUUUCUCCUUUUCCAACGGAAGAAACAGUUCGUGAACAAUUAUCAUUACUUCUUGAAAAUGUACUAUUUAUUGGUGAUCUUGCGCUUUUCUUUCCUGAUGUAUUUCAUCGUUUUUACGAUAAAGAUCAACAACGUCGAAUUCUAACAUCAUGGUCUUAUUCAUUUGCUGUUGAAACAGAAUUUUAUGAUGAAAAAUCGCUAGAAAUUUUAUCGUUGAUGGCCCAAGAACUGAAUUUAAUAGAAAAAUCUGCCACGUUUCAUAAUCCCUAUGUUUUCAAUGAAAAAGAUAAACAAAAGAAAAACAUUGUACCCGUUGAAAAGCAACAAGAACAAGUGCAAAAAAAGAAAUCUAAAGAAAAAAUCAAGAAGAAACGAGGACCUGGUUUGUCCGGCAGUCGUACUGAUCUGUGA